AUAUAUACAUACGCACACAUACACACACACAAAGAAAGAAAGAAGUAAAGACCCAAUUCAAACAGUUAAAGCCGCCACAAGUAAUUUAAUGGAAGAUCCUAGAGAGUCUCGUUCCUCAAUCCCUCUUGUUUCUAGAUUGGAUCGUUUGGAUUUCAUUAUGAAAUAUUUGGAAGGAAAACAAAAUUUAUCAAAAUGUAGCAGCAAUAUCAGAGGUACUGAGAGGCAGUCCGUGCCUUUGGAUUUGGCAGUUAGGGAGGCUUACUUCAAAGGAUCACUUAUGGACCGAGUCGCAUUCCUUGAACGAAGGCUUUUACAGCUUGGCCUGGAGCUGGAAUCAAGCAGCGCAUCGGGAACAUCAUCACAAACAUCUGGAUAUGCUUCUUCUAGCCAAGGAUCCAAAAGCGAACCAUCUUCCUCCUCACUCACUUCCAACUUUCCAAAUCAAGUGCACACACAACACUCUCAUAUCCAAGCUGAUUAUAAACCUCAACCUAAGGAGACAUUUCUCAAGGAAGAAGAAGCGAGGAAGAAUUCCAAACCUAAGAAGCAAAAACUAGGGAAGAAUCAGCCCACUGCCCAGGAAAAGACAUGCAAAAGUGGACGUAAAAGGGCUUCCCCCAGAUGGCCCCACUUGAAAAUUUUAGGCUGUUAAUCAUUACCCCCUUCCUUUUCUUUUAAUAAUAGUCAUUCAAUUCAAUUAUAUGAGCAGUUCUGUGAUAAUUAGAUUAUUAUUAUCACUUCACUUACUUCUAUUGUAACUUUACAGAUAUUGGAUCAGUUAUUACAAUAUUAUUUAUAUCA